AUUAUAGCAUCUUUAAACGGCAGAUAUAUGUUGAUAUCCUUCUGUUAUGUCGGUUACGUAAACUAAAAUGUCGCCUUGACUUUGUGGCUGUUGGCGGCGGGAAACGAAAUCGAUGUUGUUGUGGUUUAUAACGGAUUGUGUUGUGAUUCGUUACUCGUUGUUGUGAGGCUGAAAUUACAAUAAAAGCCUGUAACAGAAUGUCAAAGUGAACUCAAAUUUCAGAAUUGUGAAUAUAAGAAGUGUAAGGAUACAGUAAUAGUGCCACGCAAACAAUGUAUUCUUUAUUUAAUACAUUACAUAGACUCCCAGUGAGAGUGGCCAGUUUACUACCUAGUAGGAAGCCAAGCUCUCUGUUGAUUACUGCCUUGAAAAUACUAAGUAGAUCACAACAUAAGUUCACAGUUUCAGUUGAAGGAAACAUAGGAAGUGGAAAAUCAACAUUGCUUUAUUAUUUGUCAAAAAAACUAGAUGUUGAUGUGAUACCGGAGCCUGUUCACAAAUGGCAGAAUUUCAGAGGUGUAAAUUUAUUAGAGAAAGUGUACAUGGACCCCCAUAAUUGGGCCUUUGUGUUUCAAAGUUAUGUACAAAAAACCAUGGUGGAAAAUCAUCUAGCAGAUUGCGGCUCUCCAGUCAAGUUAAUGGAGCGUUCCAUAUACAGUGCAAGGUUCUGUUUCGUUGAAAAUCUAUACAGCUCUGGGAGAUUAACAGAAGCAGAAUAUCUGGUGUAUUGUAAAUGGUUCAAAGCUUUUACUCGUUAUUUGGACUGCAGUGUGGACCUCAUAGUGUAUCUUAGAACGGACCCUCUCAUUGCUCAUAAACGAAUUGCUUCGAGAGCAAGGUUUGAGGAGCAGAUGGUUGCAUUUGAAUAUUGCAGAGACUUGCAUCAGAGAUAUGAAGCAUGGAUUGGAGGGUCAGAAGUGCCAGCACCAGUGUUAGUGAUUGAUGCAAAUGAAGGUUUACAUGAUCUCAGAUAUAAAUACAAUAUUGUUAUGGAGAUAAUUGAAAAUUCAGUGAAGGCGGCUCAGUCAUGUUGAAAUUUCUGUUCCAAAAGAAAAUUUGAACCAAUUUCAAGCUCUUUUUGGAAGGUAAUACAAUGUAACAAAAUUUUAGGUGUGCUGGUUUGUUCCAAAAAUGGUAUAAGCUUUGAUAUUGUAUCUGUACUAUUGUUUAUAGUUACAGCAUUUGAUUUUCAUGUGAACGUUUAUACAAGGAAUUAUAUCUGUCAAACAAAUAAGUAGGGAAUGUUCAUAAUGGUUAGUUACUUUGCUAUCACUCACAUUUGUACUUCGUUGGUUUCUUUCAAUUGUAUGGUAUGGGUUAUAUACUGAAAUAAUGAAAGGAUGAUUGGUAUUUUUCUCACACUUAUGUAUUACCAUAAAGACUGAAUAUUUAUGACAAAACCUUGACACUUUUCAUAUUUAAUUAUACUAUUCUCAAAUUAUUAGUGCAGAUAUUUUUAGAAUUUAGUGCAUUACUAUAUUGUACUAUUAAAAACAAAUGCUUGAAGGGUAUUAUGUGGUGUACCUGGUAUUCUAUAGCAGUUUCUUUUGUAGUUUUAUCUUAAAUUUUGUCAAAAUUAUGUGCAUGAAUGGAUAUACAAACUAAAAUCCCCAGAAAACGUGAACCUUGAAUGCAGUACAACUCAGAACAGAAGUAGAGUGAAUCAGAGCAGAAGUAAAUAAAAUAUACAUUCCGACAGUAAUGCAAACUAACCUUUAUAUAGAAGCAUUCAUGAAAUGAGCUGGAAAGUUCUUGAAGCCUAGUAUCUAGAUGGUAUGUG